AUGAUACAGGAAUAUACUUUGAUCCCGGAGAAUAUCCGGGAGAAUAUCCGUGAAAAUAUGCCUAACUUGGAUCCUCAUGAAAUAUUUGAAAAUUUACACCACUAUGUUCAAGAGGAUGAAGUUACCGAUGAACCCGAGGAAGUAGAACAUUUCAAUUAUAAACAAGAACUAGAUAAGUCCCUGCUGUCACGGAACUCUGUGAUAGGUUUAGGGUUUGGCUUAAUGAGUCCCGUACUGGGUAUGUGCACUAGUAUGGGUAUUGGUAUGCUUAAUGGUGGGCCCUUGUCCAUCAUGCUUGGGUUUUUUAUUAGCGGAAUACUAAUAUGGUUCUCAUCCUUAUCUCUUGGAGAGAUUGUUUCAAAGUUUCCAAUGGAGUUGCAUGUUGGGAGUGCUAUGAUUGCACCACCUCGUCUAAAACUGAUCUGCUCUUGGUUUACUGGCUGGCUAAUGUUGAUCGGUAACUGGACGAUGAGUACAAGCAUAACAUUCGCCGGCGCCCAGCUAACUAUAUCAUUAAUAUUGAUGGCCAACAACGAAUUAAUAUCAGAGACACAUCUUAUUCUAUUCACUGUGAUUGUGUUCUACAUGGUAGUUACUCUAGUGGGCCUUGUUAACUUAAAGUUUGCAAGAUUCAUCGAGAUAAUCAACAAAGUUUGUGUUUAUUGGAUUAUCUAUGCCAUCAUUUUCAUUGAUAUUUUGCUUCUUAUUUUUCACAAGGGUAAAUUUAGAUCAUUGAAGUACGCUUUAUUUCAUUUUGACAAUAGCAUGUCCGGAUAUUCUAGUGCAUUCCUUUCAUUUCUAAUUGGUUUUCAACAAUCUAACUUUACAUUACAAGGGUUUAGUAUGCUUCCAGCUUUAGCUGACGAAGUUAAAAAACCUGAAAAAGAUAUCCCAAGGGGUAUGUCAACCGCUGUCUUGCUUUCAACGUUCUCCGGCCUAAUAUUCUUACUUCCUAUCAUGUUAAUCCUACCGGAUAUCGAGACCAUAUUUUCAAAUCAUAAGGUACUCCCAAUUGUAACUAUAUUCACAAAAUCUACACAUUCGAUGGUGGUUUCCGUAUUCUUGGUCCUUUUGAUUUUAGGUAACUUAUUUUUCUCUGGGAUUGGCUCCAUCACAACAUCUUCUCGUGCUGUUUAUAGUUUUAGUCGUGAUCAUGCCAUUCCACGUUAUGAUUUAUGGACUUUUGUUCCUCCUGACUCCCAGUCAAGAGUUCCAAAAUAUUCUAUCUUAUUGAGUAUGGGAAUAUCAUACUUUCUAGGUUUACUAGCACUAAUCUCAACAGCCGCUUUUAACGCUUUUAUCGGUGCAGCUGUGCUAUGUCUAUGUUCUGCAACAUUCAUUCCAUUGGUAUUAGUCUUAUGCACUGGAAGAAGAUCAAUAAAACACGCACCUGUAAAAAUACGAUACAAAUUUGGUUGGUUCAUCAACAUUGCUUCUGUACUGUGGCUAUUAUUAGUAAUGGUUAGCGUAUGCUUUCCAACUCAACUUCCUGUCACAGUAAAAGGCAUGAAUUACGCCAUCGUAGUUUAUGUUUUAUGCUUAAUAGGUAUAACUAUCCUUUAUUUCAAAUGGGGUAAAUACAAUUUUAGAUUACCUCUUUCAGAUGAUGCGAAGAAUAACCCUUUUAGUUUGGAAGCGCAAUUCCCAACAACAAAAGAAGAUAACGAAUACGAACAUAGUGGUUCGAAUGCCAAAACUGCAAAUCUACCAGAAGGACAAGCAAGCCCAGUCGAGAAUCCAUUUAUUGGGGAACAUGAAAAUAGCCAAACAGAUAUUGAUUUUGAUGUUGUAUCAGUUGAUCUACAAGAUGCAAUAGAGGAAAGAGAUACUAGGUUAGAGGGCCAAACUAGAAAUGAUACGAACUGA